CAAGGACCUGUACAAGGAGGACAUGAUGGAGGAGCACCAGCCUCUUAUAUCACAAGAAAGUCCCAGUAUGAAAUGUGAAAAUGUCAUGUUACCACUAGAUGAAGAUAUCAUGCAGCGCUCUUCAGGAGAAAACCUCAUUACCCUUAAUGUACAUCCAGGUCUUCACAGUACAGAUCUGUCAUAUAAUCCUCCUAAUUAUGAGGAACCUUCUCCUGACCGAUCACAGAUUGUUACCACAAGUACAAGUCAGAAAAGGAUUAAAAGGUUUCAUUGUGAUAAAGAAUCCACAAACAGCUCAGGACUUCCUACACACCGAAGACGUCACAAAGGAGAGAAAAUGUAUUCAUGUUCAGAAUGUGGGAAAUGUUUCACACAGAAAUCAAAUCUUGUUACACAUGAGAGAUAUCACACAGGAGAGAAACCAUAUUCAUGUUCAGAAUGUGGGAAAUGUUUUACACAGAAAUCACAUCUUGUUACACAUCAGAGAUGUCACACAGGAGAGAAAGCAUAUACAUGUUCAGAAUGUGGGAAAUGUUUUAGAGACAAAUCACAUCUUGUUAAACAUGAGAAAAUUCACACUGGGGAAAAGCCAUAUUCAUGUUCAGAAUGUAGGAAAUGUUUUGCUCAAAAAUCAAAUCUAGUUAAACAUGAGAAAAUUCACACUGGGGAAAAGCCGUAUUCAUGUUCAGAAUGUGGAAAAUGUUUCAUAUGGAAAUCAAUUCUUGUUAAACAUCAGAUAUGUCACACAGGAGAGAAGCUAUAUUCAUGUUCAGAAUGUGGGAAAUGUUUUACACAGAAAUCCAAUCUUGUUACACAUGAGAGAAGUCACACAGGAGAGAAAUCCCAUAUAUGUUCAGAAUGUGGGAAAUGUUUUACAGAGAAAUCAAAUCUUGUUAAACAUGAGAGAAUUCACACUGGGGAAAAGCCGUAUUCAUGUUCAGAAUGUGGGAAAUGUUUUACAGAGAAAUCAAAUCUUGUUAAACAUGAGAGAAUUCACACUGGGGAAAAGCCGUAUUCAUGUUCAGAAUGUGAGAAAUGUUUUACAGAUAAAUCAGAUCUUGUUAAACAUAAAAGACGCCACACAGGAGAGAAGCCAUAUUCAUGUUCAGAAUGUGGGAAAUGUUUUACAGAUAAAUCAGAUCUUGUUAAACAUGAGAGAUGUCACACAGGAGAGAAGCCGUAUUUGUGUUUAGAAUGUGGGAAACUUUUUUCAGAUAAAUCAAGUCUUCUAAAACAUGAGAGAAGUCACACAGGAGAGAAGCUAUAUUCGUGUUCAGAAUGUGGGAAAUGUUUUACACAGAAAUCAAAUCUUGUUACACAUCAGAGAUGUCACACAGGAGAGAAAUCAUAUACAUGUUCAGAAUGUGGGAAAUGUUUUAGACACAAAUCACAUCUUGUUAAACAUGAGAUAAUUCACACUGGGGAAAAGCCAUAUUCAUGUUCAGAAUGUGGGAAAUGUUUCACACGCAAAUCAAAUCUUGUUACACAUGAGAGAAGUCACACAGGAGAGAAAUCAUAUACAUGUUCAGAAUGUGGGAAAUGUUUUACAGAUAAAUCAAAUCUUGUUAAACAUGAGAGAAUUCACACUGGGGAAAAGCCGUAUUCAUAUUCAGAAUGUGGUAAAUGUUUUACAGAAAAAUCUAAUCUUGUUAAACAUGAGAGAAUUCACACUGGGGAAAAGCCGUAUUCAUGUUCAGAAUGUGGGAAAUGUUUUACAGAGAAACCACAUCUUUUUAGACAUGAGAGAAGACACACAGGAGUGAAACCAUAUUCAUGUUCAGAAUGUGGGAAAUGUUUUACAGAUAAAUCAGAUCUUGUUAAACAUGAGAGAUAUCACACAGGAGAGAAGCCAUAUUCAUGUUCAGAAUGUAGGAAAUGUUUUACACAGAAAUCAAAUCUUGUUAAACACCAGAGAUUUCAUACAGGAGAGAAACCGUAUUCAUGUUCCGAAUGUGGGAAAUGUUUUACAGAUAAAUCAGAUCUUGUUAAACAUGAGAGAUGUCACACAGGAGAGAAGCCAUAUUCGUGCAAUAAAUGUGGGAAAUGUUUCACACAGAAAUCAAAUCUUGUUACACAUGAGAAAAGUCACACAGGAGAGAAACCAUAUUCAUGUUCAGAAUGUGGGAAAUGUUUUACACAGAAAUCACAUCUUGUUACACAUCAGAGAUGUCACACAGGAGAGAAAGCAUAUACAUGUUCAGAAUGUGGGAAAUGUUUUAGAGACAAAUCACAUCUUGUUAAACAUGAGAAAAUUCACACUGGGGAAAAGCCAUAUUCAUGUUCAGAAUGUAGGAAAUGUUUUGCUCAAAAAUCAAAUCUAGUUAAACAUGAGAAAAUUCACACUGGGGAAAAGCCGUAUUCAUGUUCAGAAUGUGGAAAAUGUUUCAUAUGGAAAUCAAUUCUUGUUAAACAUCAGAUAUGUCACACAGGAGAGAAGCUAUAUUCAUGUUCAGAAUGUGGGAAAUGUUUUACACAGAAAUCCAAUCUUGUUACACAUGAGAGAAGUCACACAGGAGAGAAAUCCCAUAUAUGUUCAGAAUGUGGGAAAUGUUUUACAGAGAAAUCAAAUCUUGUUAAACAUGAGAGAAUUCACACUGGGGAAAAGCCGUAUUCAUGUUCAGAAUGUGGGAAAUGUUUUACAGAGAAAUCAAAUCUUGUUAAACAUGAGAGAAUUCACACUGGGGAAAAGCCGUAUUCAUGUUCAGAAUGUGAGAAAUGUUUUACAGAUAAAUCAGAUCUUGUUAAACAUAAAAGACGCCACACAGGAGUGAAACCAUAUUCAUGUUCAGAAUGUGGGAAAUGUUUUACAGAUAAAUCAGAUCUUGUUAAACAUGAGAGAUGUCACACAGGAGAGAAGCCGUAUUUGUGUGGGGAAUGUGGGAAAUGUUUCACACGGAAAUCACAUCUUGUUAUUCAUGAGAGAAGUCACACAGGAGAGAAGCUAUAUUCGUGUUCAGAAUGUGGGAAAUGUUUUACACAGAAAUCAAAUCUUGUUACACAUCAGAGAUGUCACACAGGAGAGAAAGCAUAUACAUGUUCAGAAUGUGGGAAAUGUUUUAGACACAAAUCACAUCUUGUUAAACAUGAGAAAAUUCACACUGGGGAAAAGCCAUAUUCAUGUUCAGAAUGUAGGAAAUGUUUUGCACAGAAAUCAAAUCUUGUUAAACAUGAGAAAAUUCACACUGGGGAAAAGCCGUAUUCAUGUUCAGAAUGUGGGAAAUGUUUCACACGCAAAUCACAUCUUUUUAGACACGAGAGAUGUCACGCAGGAGAGAAACCAUAUUCAUGUUCAGAAUGUGAGAAAUGUUUCACACUAAAAUCAAAUCUUGUUACACAUGAGAGAUGUCACACAGGAGAGAAAUCAUAUAUAUGUUCAGAAUGUGGGAAAUGUUUUACAGAGAAAUCAAAUCUUGUUAAACAUGAGAGAAUUCACACUGGGGAAAAGCCGUAUUCAUGUUCAGAAUGUGGGAAAUGUUUUACAGAGAAGUCAAAUCUUGUUAAACAUGAGAGAAUUCACACUGGGGAAAAGCCAUAUUCAUGUUCAGAAUGUGGGAAAUGUUUUACAGAGAAACCACAUCUUGUUAGACAUGAGAGAAGACACACAGGAGAGAAACCAUAUUCAUGUUCAGAAUGUGGGAAAUGUUUUACAGAUAAAUCAGAUCUUGUUAAACAUGAAAGACGCCACACAGGAGAGAAGCCAUAUUCGUGUUUAGAAUGUGGGAAACUUUUUUCAGAUAAAUCGAGUCUUCUAAAACAUAAGAAGAAUCACACAUGAGAGAAGCUGCAUUCAGAAUGAGAAUUUUUUUUUUGUUUCUAAAGCCAUAAUUAGGGGUCAUUAGUGAAGUCACACAAGAGAGAAGCCAUAUGGCCAAAAUAUAAGGAAACAAUAUAUCACUGGGUCAUAGACAUGGUUUUCAUUUCAGGUUGUAUAUUUGGAUAUAAAAGCUUAAUUGAUGUCACAUAACGGCUUCUAUAAAACAUCUGAUAAAUCCUGUUUAGGAAGACAUAUAUUCUGUUCAUGACUUAUAUUUUAAUCCUUACAGUUAACCCUUUCAGCCCCGGAGGGUUUUUUGCAUUUUCAUUUUUUACUCCCUGC